AUGGCGCCGUCGCUGUCGAAGCCGGUACUGAGCGGCGUCGCGGCGCGCGCCCGCACAGUUCGCGGCAUCAUCCUCCAACUCAUGACCAUGUACCUGCGCAACCGCACGCGCAUCUCCCGCGCCGUCUACAUCACCCUAUUCCUAGCCCUCCUCCACCGAAUUCGCAACGCCAUCGCCGAUCAGAGAGGGGCCUCGGCCCGCGAAGCCGAAAAGCGCGCUGAGAAAGCCCGCAGCACAUCGAUAUCUGAGGUGGACGAUGAGGGCAAAAAGAAAAAGGUCGAGCUGAAUCGCGAGUUCUUUCGCUCGUUGAUGAAGCUGCUCCGGAUUGUCAUUCCCGGGUGGCGGACUAGGGAGACACAAUACCUCAUCAGCCACAGCAUCUUUCUGAUCCUGCGGACAGUAAUCAGUCUAAAGGUGGCGGCUAUGGACGGCGCCAUUGUGAAAGCCCUGAUCAAGGGGAAUGGGCGCGAGUUCUUGAAGCGCAUCAUGUGGUGGAUGCUGAUCGCUGUGCCGGCGACCUUCACCAACUCCAUGUUGGCGUACCACCAGUCCGAACUCGCCCUGAGGUACCGGACACGGUUGACCGAGUAUAUCCACGAUAAAUAUCUGUCAAAGUUGACAUUCUACGGAAUCUCGGCCCUUGACGACAGGGUCAAGAAUGCUGACCAACUAAUUGCCGUAGAUGUAACCAAGUUCUCCAACAACUUGGCAGAACUCUACAGCAAUCUGGCAAAACCGAUCCUUGAUAUGACCAUCUACACGAUUUCGCUCUCACGAAGCGUCGGUGGAGAAGGGGUCGUCUUCAUGUCGCUUCUCGUCCAGCUUUCGGCGGCUAUGAUGCGAGCAUUAACACCCCCGUUUGGCAAAUACGUGGCCGAUGAGGCGAGGUUGGAGGGCGAGUUCCGCUUCCAGCACUCGAGAUUGAUAAACCAUAGUGAGGAGGUUGCCCUAUACGCUGGCCACGCAGCCGAGAAAGACACACUCGACAAGGGCUACUUUACGCUGAUCAAGCACAUCAACUAUCUCCUGCGGAAGCGCUUCUACCACGGCUUCAUGGAGGACUAUGUUGUCAAGUAUAUCUGGGGCGCCCUAGGUUUGAUUCUCUGCGGUCUCCCCGUGUUCGUCAAGCUGCCCGGCCAGGUCGUCUCCAACAUGGGUGACCGGACAGAGAGCUUCGUGACCAACCGGCGGAUGCUUCUCGGGGCCUCGGACGCCUUCGGCCGCCUCAUGUUUUCGUACAAGGAAGUCAUGGAGCUCGCUGGAUACACCUCACGCGUCUCCUCGCUCCUCGAAGUGAUGGACGAUGUGCAAGCAGGCAAUUUCUCCAAGAAGCUCGUCUCGAGCUCCGACACAGAGGCCAACGCCGCCGUGCUCAAGGGCCGUGGCAAGAUCAUCCCCAGCAAAGACAUCAAAUUCACCGACGUACCUAUCAUCUCCCCCAACGGCGACGUGCUCGUCCCGGCGCUAUCCUUCUCUCUUCAGCAAGGCGAUCACCUUCUGGUCGUCGGCCCCAACGGCUGCGGCAAAUCCUCUCUCUUCCGCAUCCUCGGCGGCCUGUGGCCCGUGUACGGCGGCACCGUCCACAAGCCGCCCUUCCACGAGAUCUUCUACAUCCCGCAGCGGCCCUACCUCUCGAGCGGCACGCUCCGCCAACAGUUCAUCUACCCGGACGGCCUGAGCACCAUGGUUAACAAGGGCGUCACGGACGACGACCUGCACGCCAUCCUCCGCAUCCUGUCGCUCGAGCACCUGCUCGAGGUCUACCCCGGCGGCUGGGAUGCCGAGGCCGAGUGGAAGGACGUGCUCUCGGGCGGUCUGCAGCAGCGCGUGGCCAUGGCGCGCCUCUUCUACCACCAGCCCCGCUACGCCAUCCUCGACGAGUGCACCAGCAGCGUGACGCUCGAGACGGAAAAGGUCAUGUACGACACCGCCAAGGAGCUGGGCAUCACCCUCAUGACCGUCAGCCACCGCCGCAGCCUAUGGAAGUACCACACCCACAUCCUGCAGUUCGACGGCCAGGGCCACUACGUGUUCAGCCGGCUCGAUCCGGAGAAACGUAUGGCGCUGGAGGACGAGAAGGAGGAGCUCGAGGUGUUGCUCAGGGGCGUGCCCGAGAUUGAGAGGCGGGUUAAGGAGCUGACCAGCGGGGAGUAG